AACAACCAACCCCAUGAGAUCCGUCAUGAUUCCACGACUUUCCUCCAACAUUUAAGAGACAAACGAUGCUUUAAACUCGUCACACUCUGGCCUUUCGAUUUGAUAGUAGCUGCCUCACGAACAUUCCCUCCCGACCAAGCUCGCCCCAACCAUGUCCUUCGAGACCGUGAUGCCCCCGUACAAUGCGGCGGAUCCGAACGCAUCCUUCCUAAGCUCCUCCUGCCUCGACUUCCUCCUCAUUGAGCUCGUCCCGCUCGCCUACCGCGUCACCCGAGAGCUCGACGACGCGUCCGCCGCCUCUGCAACAGACGCCGCUCUGCUAGAACCCACAUCCGCACCGGCCGAUGCAGCAUCGUCGGCUGCGAGCCAACAAGAAGGCGGCGGCGGCGGCGCGCCGUCGAGCGUGGUCGGGGCCGGGGCCGGGAGCGGGAGUGUCGCGCCAAGUAUGAGCCGCAAGAUGGAUGAAGAUGAGGAGAGGGACGCUGUGUUCUACAGGCUGGAGAGGCUGGGCUACCGGGUCGGUCAGGGGCUUGUGGAAAGGUUCUCCCGCGACCGGCCUAGAUUUAAUGACAAUCUCGACGUGAUCAAGUUUCUCUGCAAGGACCUCUGGUUUUUGGUGUUUCGGAAACAAGUCGACAACCUCAAGACGAAUCAUAGGGGGGUCUAUGUUCUAACGGACAACAACUUCAAACCAUUCAGCAGGAUGAGCACAGACGUAGGAGGACAGGCAGUCAUCCGAGCACAGCCGUUCCUCUGGUUCCCUUGCGGUAUCCUGCGUGGAGCUCUUGCGGCAAUGGGCGUCGAUGCCACGGUCCAGGCAGAGUCCCACGAGCUGCCAUCUGCUGUAUUCCAAAUUAAGACCUUGGCUAAGCAGCCAUCUCAUUGACAAUGGCACUGUUGUACCGACUUCCACAAGGGCUCUCCUCAUAAGGACACGGCGACCACUCUGCGAAAUGGCGUCACGGCAAUAUGAACGCCAGAAGACGAGCUCCAAGUCGAGCACACAAUCUGUGUUCAGAAGAUUCCUAUCAUUUCUUUCUCAUAUCCGGUGCCCUCGCGGCUAAGGUGCUGCUUCAAAGAGGGAAAACAGGGAACUGCCAAUUUUCCAACAAGCGCACUAUGCCCAUCACGCCAUUUUCGUCCCCUACACGGCCUCUGUCAUACUGGUGGAUGUCUCAUCAACGAACCUACAGC